UCUUGGCUGUUAGCAUUUUUGCAUUGAAUUUUCGAUAAUUUGGCAUAUAAAGUAUAUAUAUUUUUUCCAGCUUUUCAUUUUCAGCCCCAAGCGAAAACACUUCCUUCUUGAACAAUAUGGUUUUAUACUUUAAAAGCAAAGUCGUAGAUCCUCCUGUCACCAUUUACAUGGGAAAGGACAAGUUUGAAAACGAGGAUCUAAUCAAGUAUGGCUUUCCAGAAGAUAUUUGGUUUCACGUUGAUAAAUUGUCGAGUGCACACGUCUACGUUCGCUUGGAGCCCGGCCAAACAUGGGAUGAUAUUCCCGAAGCCGUCAUUGAGGAUUGUGCACAACUUGUCAAAGCCAACAGUAUCGAGGGCAACAAGAGGAACAAUAUCACUGUGAUUUAUACGCCUUGGGAUAAUCUUAAAAAGACACCCGGCAUGGAAACUGGUCAAGUCACCUUUUUCAACCAUAAAAAAGUCAGACGAGUCCAUGUCGAAAAGCGCAUCAACGAGAUCGUCAAUCGACUCAACAAGACCAAAGAAGUGCGAGAAACUGAUCUUAUGCAGGAAAAGAUUCAACGGGAAAAGAUUGACCGGAAAAAGGCGAGAGAGGAUGAAUUCAUCAUGAAAGAGGAGGCGCAACGCAUGGCAGCUGAGAAACGGAAAGCUGAAAAGGAGAUCAACGAGAUGUUUGACGAAAGCCGUAUGCACAGUAACUGGCGGGAGCAUGAGGUGGAGGAUAUCAAUGAAGCUGAAGAAGACAUUUCCCCCUCAGCUGCAAUUGAGCAGUGCAUUUCUCGAAAAUGAAGCGGUUUAGCACGUCUCGAUCGUAACUAUCACACACAAAUUACCGCAGGAUGGUACUCGGC